CAUUGUAGCCUACACUUGUGAAGUAAAUGCUGUUUUGGUGGGGAAUCAAAAUGUGACAUGUCUUCCCAAUGGGACAUGGUCGCAAACACCAGAAUGUCGACCCGACUGUGGUGCCCCACCUCCAUACCCAUUUGGCAACCCUAACGCAAGAAAGGGCCGACCGACUGCAUCAGUGACUUUACUCGACAACACUUGGAUGGGAACAUUAUACAAAAGCAAAGCAAGAUACAAUUGUACAGUAAGGUAUUUCGGCAUAAAAGGGGUUGAUAUCGCAACAUGUAAACUGAAUGGAAAAUGGUCUAUUGAAAAUAUUAAAACAGAUUGCAGUUUUAUAAAUUGCUUUGAGAUUCCCAACGUAAAAGACGCCAUAGUAGUACAUAAACCAGAAAAUACAUACCUCGGAGCUAAAGUUGUAUACGAGUGUUUGUCCAAUACAACACAAGCUGAAAAACAAGACAUCACACCACAGUUGAAAUACAUUUACCCGGUGGCUGUACAACAGAAACCUAAAGGACCCAACAGUAUUUAUGUAACGGAGUGUCUACCAAAUGGUUGGUCUCCAAUUCCAAUUUGCGACGAAUC